CAUUCAUCUCCAUUCGCCCUCCGCAUCCACCACCGUUCUCUCGACGCCCAACUUCCCCCCCUCUCUGUCGCGCCUCUGCAGCCCACCGCCAACAUGGCUGCCACAAAGGAAGAGUCUCGCAAAAUCUUCGAAAAGCUCAAGACCAAGGCCGCCAACAAGAUAUGUUUUGACUGCGGCGCAAAGAACCCUACCUGGUCCUCGGUCCCAUUUGGCAUUUACCUAUGCCUCGACUGCUCUGCCAACCACCGUAACAUGGGAGUGCACAUCUCCUUUGUGCGCUCCACCAACUUGGACAUCUGGCAAUGGGAUCAACUUCGCAUCAUGAAGGUUGGCGGCAACGAGUCGGCUACCAAGUACUUCCAAAGCCACGGUGGUUCCGCCGCCCUUAGCAGCAAGGACCCCAAGGCGAAAUACACCUCGAAUGCUGCUACCAAGUACAAGGAAGAGUUGGUCAGGAGAUGCGCCGCCGACGCCAAGCUUUACCCCGCCGAGGUCGUCAUCACAGAUGUGCCCGACGUUGAGACUUCGGGCUCCAACACUCCCGCCAACGACGAAGAUGACUUCUUCUCCUCGUGGGACAAGCCUGCCAUCAAGCGCCCUAGCAACCCUCCCUCAAGAACUGGUACCCCCGCUGCCGGCAGCCGGACUGCCUCGCCCUUCCUCAACGCUCCUAACGGCAAUGGUGCCGCGCGUCCCAAAUCACCUCUCAACGCAGACUCUGGUGAUAAGCCCGCCGCGCCACGCGCUGUUCCCGCUUCGGCCAUUCGCAGUAAGACCGCCACGUCUGCAGCGCCACGCAAGGCCAACAUUCUCGGUGCGAAAAAGACGAAAUUGGGCGCGAAGAAGGUGACGACGGGUGGCGAUGUGUUGGAUUUCGAGGAAGCCGAGCGCAAGGCCAAGGAAGAGGCGGAACGCAUUGAGAAGCUUGGUUAUGAUGCGGAGGCAGAGAGAGAGGCGGCGGAAGCGGAAGCAGCCAAGGCAAAGGCCAAGGCUGCGGAACCAACCAACAUCGUCAGCCCAACACCAGUAAGCCCUCGCGGAGGCUUUGGUGCGACAAAGGGAUCCGAUAAGAGCAGUGAUGUUGAGCGUUUGGGCAUGGGUGUCACAAGGCUUGGAUUCGGACAGGUUGGCGGUAGCAAGCCUGCUGCGGCGCCGAAGAAGAUGGGUGGCUUUGGUUCAACCAGCCGUGCUCAGGAGGACGACAGCGAACGCUAUGCCCGCGAAAAGUUUGGUACCCAGAAGGGUAUCUCUUCCGACGAGUUCUUCGGCCGUGGCACCUUCGACCCCAGUGCUCAAAACGAGGCCAAGACGCGUCUUCAAGGCUUCGAAGGCGCCACCUCAAUCAGUUCCAAUGCCUACUUUGGCCGGCCUGAGGACGAUGGCUCUGCAGGUGACGACUACGGUGAUCUUGAGUCGGCGGCAAAGGACUUUGUGCGCAAGUUCGGUGUCACGGCAGGCGACGAUUUGGAUAACCUUACGGCGAUGCUUGGAGAGGGCGCGACAAAGUUGCAAGGAGCAAUCCGUAACUACCUCAACAGCUAAACCCAAAAUCUCUCUAUCUUGUCACGCAAGCCACGGUCCCGGCAUGGUGAGGAACAUGAUAGGUUUUUUAUCUUGUGGUUUCGGUUCAUAUCGAAAUGCGUCAUGGAAUGGAUGCGGCGAUGGUAAGACGGUGCGAUCACGACAACAGCAUGGCAUUGUACGCUGCUUUUGCUUCUAGUUCUACCCAUGCCCCUGCUUUUUACUUUCUGGGUGGCUGAAAAAAAAAGCAAAUGGGCUUAUUAUUCUUGUUUAGGAGUUUUAGUAACAAGGCUGGUCCGGUUAGGAUGAAUAGACUGAAUAUUUUGCAACUG